AUUUACAUAUUAGAUUUCGAAAAAUAAUGACAUGGAAUCUAAAUUAAGACCAUGGCGUAAUUUCAUGCUUUUAUAAAGGUAUAAAAGAGACGUUUGCUAUGGGUCGAAUCGCCCACUGGGAGAAAAAUUCUGACAAACCAGGACAAUUAUGGCAACAGCGGAACAAUACAGGAGGUUUUCGCGCCACAUAUUAUCGGAAGCCUACCUGAGGAGGUUAGACUACCCCAGGCCUGACCCCAACGGAAACGAAGGCGUGGUUAAACUGUAUGGCGAUCACUUUGGGUUUACCGAAGGGAGAUGCAAAAGGUGCGAGAAACCGUUUGAUGUAACAUUUACAAAUAGAACGCAGUGUGACUUCCAUACAGAGAGGUCCAGACGAUAUGGUGGAAGGCAACACCCGCACGGCUGCUGUGGAAAAGGUCUUGGUUCAAGAGGCUGUCGUAUUGCACCGAGUCAUGUGUACAAAGGAAACUUGUACCUGGACCUUCAAGGAUAUAGAAGAACUCAACCUAGGGACCCACCUAGUGAUGGUAACUAUGGGGUAUAUGCCUUAGAUACGGAAUCGGUACAUACGUUGAGGGGUCUCGAAGUAUGCAAGGUGUCGGUAAUUGACCCGACACUUGAUGUGGUCUACAACGAGUUCUGUCAACCGACAUCAGAAAUAGUAGACUACAAUACGAUAUGGAGCGGUGUGACUAAAGAGGAUCUACAAGAUGUUACAAAAACGCACGAAGAGAUGAGGGAUGAAAUACUGAAACUGUUCUCUGCUGACACGAUAAUGAUUGGUCACGGUCUUAACCAUGACCUCAUUUCAAUGAAGAUUAUACACGAGAAGGUUGUUGACACAAUUAUGCUGUAUCCACACAACAGGGGACUUCCUCUCCGAAGAUCCCUCAAGGAAAUUGCCGAAAGUGUCUUAGGAUUGAGCAUUCAAGUUGGAGAGGGCCACGACAGCAAAGAAGAUGCAGAGGUGACCAUGAGGCUUGCGUUGCGAAAAAUCUAGAACAGAACAAGCGUUUGAUGACGAGGAAACAUAGUUGUUUCAGAACUUAAAACAUAUAUAUACAUUCACUAUUUUUGAAGCAAACUUUUUUUAUUUAUAAUUAAGUGAACUGAUUAAUUCACAGGUCAUAAUAUCAGUAUAAAACUAUCAAGUUAAAACUUUCAGUAUGAAAUAAUGUAGUUUUAUUGGGACUGAUUUAGAAUUAGAAAUACGUACUAAUGAAAUAUUGAUCUUGAUCUUAAAUAUUUUAUAUACAUAAUAUAUCAAUUAAAACAAAUUUAAUUAAAUUCUACCUGUUGAUAUUGUAACAUGUGCUUAUUAAAUAAAUAGCAUCAUUGAAACACAAAAAGUUGUUUGAGAUUACA